GAGUCCAGUCGGGGCAGCAGGUCCCCUGGAAGUGCCGGCAGCGCUGAGUAAGCAAACAGCUGAGCGGCGGACACUGUUGGGCUGGGAAGCCCAGGGUUGCCAUGGUGACUGAUGCCUCCGCGGUGCUCAGCAGACUGUGGCUUGGGUUUUUCUAACACUUUGGAACUGACUUGAUCUCCCGGGUGAACGUCUGCCGGGCAGGGAGAAGCCACCGAACUUGCAGGCCUGCCUCCUCGCCAAGGCGUCUAGCGGGGCUGCUGCCGGGACUGCAGACACCAGGGUCCCGGCGCUGCUUUUCCGGGAAGGGAGGGACGCCGAGGCGGCCAGCAGCCUGAGGAGUCUGUUCCAGGGCGCGAAUGGGUACUUGGGAAUGGAAAAUCCAAGGGGAGAAAACCACCAGCAGGGGAACGCAGGGCAAACCGCGGCCAGGAAGCCCAUACAUUAGAACAUACAGCGCCCAGGGGGCCUGCCUUGCAGGGAAGCAGAUUGGCGGGGCUGAGGGCUCCGGGGCCUGUGCAGACCGAUUCCGCCAGAGGAGCUAGGAUUGGGGUGAGGCUGGGAGAAGCCCUUCGCUGCAGAAAGGGACACAGACCUGAGGGCUGGCACGUGGCUGGAGGGCCGGGCGAGGUUCCACCAGAGUUGAAGCAUGAACUCGGUCCUCACCAAGUACGGGUCUCCGCCUCGCGGCUGGCUCAGCCUCCGUCUGGGAAGCAAUGCCGGGAGCCUGGCCGAGGAGAAGGGCCUUCGCUGUCAGAACCCCGACUGCAUGGACAAGGGGCGGGCGGCCAAGGUAUGCCACCACGCCGACUGCCAGCAGCUGCACCGCCGGGGACCCCUCAACCUCUGCCAAGCCUGUGACAGCAAGUUCCACAGCGCCAUGCAUUAUGACGGGCACGUCCGCUUCGACCUGCCCCCCCAAGGCUCUGUCUUGGCCCGGAACGUGUCCACGCGGUCAUGCCCCCCACGCACCAGCCCUGCAGUGGACCUGGAGGAGGAGGAGGAAAGCUCAGUGGACGGCAAAGGGGACCGGAAGAGCACAGGCCUGAAACUCUCCAAGAAGAAAGCCAGGAGGAGACACACCGAUGACCCAAGCAAGGAGUGCUUCACCCUGAAAUUUGACCUGAAUGUGGACAUCGAGACGGAGAUUGUGCCGGCCGUGAAGAAGAAGGCGCUGGGGGAGGUGCUGCUGCCCAUAUUUGAAAGGAAGGGCAUCGCACUGGGCAAAGUGGACAUCUACCUGGACCAGUCCAACACCCCCCUGUCCCUCACCUUCGAGGCCUACAGGUUCGGGGGACACUACCUGCGGGUCAAAGCCCCAGCCAAGCCGGGGGACGAGGGGAAGGUGGAGCAGGGAGUGAAGGACUCCAAGUCCCUGAGUCUGCCCAUCCUGCAGCCAGCUGGGAGUGGCCCAGGUGCAUCUGUGUCUGGAUCUUCCAGGCCCCAGAGGCUGGCCUUGACCCCCCUCCCUGGCCAGGCCCCUGGCCGCCGCCGCAAGAACAUGUCAGAGUUCCUGGGAGAGGCGAGCAUCCCUGGGCAGGAGCCCCCCGCGCCUUCCAGCUCCCCGCUUUUCGGCGGCAAUGACAGCUGGAAGAACCGCGCCGCCAGUCGCUUCAGCGGCUUCUUCAGCUCGGGCCCCAGUGCCAGCGUCUUCGCCCAGUGCCAGCUGGUCUCCUUCCAGGAGGUGGACAAGAUGGAGCAGCUGGAGGGCAAGCUGCACGCCUACGGCCUCUUUGGGCUGCCCCGGCUGCCCCGGAGGCUUCGCUUCGACCAUGACUCGUGGGAGGAGGAGGGGGACGAGGAAGAGGAUGAGGACGAUGCCUGUCUGUGGCUGGAGGACAGCUGGCGGGACCUCAUUGAUGGGCAUGAGAAGCUGACCCGGAGGCAGUGCCACCAGCAGGAGGCGGUGUGGGAGCUCCUGCACACGGAGGCCUCCUACAUUAAGAAACUGCGGGUGAUCACGAACCUGUUCCUGUGCUGCCUCCUGAACCUGCAAGAGUCGGGGCUGCUGUGUGAGGUAUGGCUGGGCCUGGGGGAGGGGAUUGGGAUGGGGUGGGGGGAGGGGCUUAAGCAGGGGUGGAGACGGAAGGGGCGGGGCUGGAAGAGGGUNNNGGCGCCGAUGGUGGAGAAGGCGCGGCGCACGCGGGCGCUGCUGCAGCCCGGCGACCUCCUCAAAGGCUUCAAGAUGUUCGGCUCCCUCUUCAAGCCCUACAUCCGGUACUGCAUGGAGGAGGAGGGCUGCAUGGAGUACAUGCGCAGCCUGCUGCGCGACAACGACCUCUUCCGGGCCUACGUGACGUGGGCCGAGAAGCACCAGCAGUGCCAGCGGCUGAAGCUGAGCGACAUGCUCGCCAAGCCUCACCAGCGGCUCACCAAGUACCCGCUGCUGCUCAAGUCGGUGCUGAGGAGGACGGACGAGCCGCGGGCCAAGGAGGCCGUCAUCACCAUGAUCAGCUCCGUGGAGCGCUUCAUCCACCACGUGAACGCGUGCAUGCGGCAGCGACAGGAGCGGCAGCGGCUGGCGGCCGUGGUGAGCCGCAUCGACGCCUACGAGGUGGUGGAGGGUAGCAACGACGAGGUGGACAAGCUCCUGAAGGAAUUUCUGCACCUGGACCUGACCGCGCCCAUCCCUGGUGCCUCCCCCGAGGAGACCCGUCAGCUGCUGUUGGAGGGCAGCCUGAGGAUGAAGGAGGGAAAGGACAGCAAGAUGGAUGUGUACUGCUUCCUCUUCACGGACCUGCUCUUGGUGACCAAGGCAGUGAAGAAGGCUGAGAGGACCAAGGUCAUCAGGCCACCACUGCUGGUGGACAAGAUCGUGUGCCGGGAGCUGCGGGACCCUGGCAGAAGUCUUGGCGGACACUGACUCGAGCCCUUCCUAAGCAGGCCUGGUGGGGGCUGCGGCUCACAGCCCACCUGCCCCUGUGGACGCCGCCCCCGCCUGCAGAACCAGUUGCAGCAGCUGCGUGCACAGGAGCACGGGGGCAGCCAGCAGCACCUGCAGAGCCUGGAGGAGGAGGAGGAUGAGCAGGAGGACGAGGAGGAAGACGAGGAGGAUGAGGAGGGUGGGGAGAGUAGCACUUCCGCCACCAGCUCCCCCACCAUCCUGCGCAAAAGCAGCAACAGCCUGGACUCCCAGCACUGCGCCUCGGACGGCUCCACAGAGACCCUGGCCAUGGUGGUGCUGGAGCCCGGGGAGACGCUGUCCUCUCCCGAGUUCGAGGGGGGCCCCUUCAGCUCCCAGUCGGACGAGAUGUCCCUCAGUACCACUGCCUCGUCCGUCACGCCGACCAGCGAGCUGCUGGCCCUGGGCCCCGGGGACGGCCGCUCCUGCUCCAUGGACUCCGCCUACGGCACCCUCUCCCCCACCUCCUUGCAAGACUUUGCGACCCCAGCCCCUGUGGUGGAGCCAGCGCCCCAGCCCCUAGAUUUACCACAGGCCCCUUCACCCCCUCCAUCGCCCUGCCUCCGCCGCCGCCGCACCCCUGUCCAGCUGCUGCCCUGCCUGCCCCACCUGCUCAAGUCCAAAUCUGAGGCCACCCAGGGGGUGCCGCCAGCCCCCAGCCGCAGCCUGUCGGAACUCUGCUUGGCUGCCACAGCCACCGGCACUAGGACUCGGGGCUCCCCUCACGAAGCUGGGCCCCGCUGGAAUUGCGGGGGCGCCCCAAGCCCUGGCAGUGGCUUCCAGCCAUCAGAGAUGGAGGACAGGACCACCUGCCUGGCGGGGGAGCCUGAAGGGCCCGCCAGGAGGAGCAGAAAGCUGUCCUCAGGGGCCUCCCCCAGGGUCCAGCCUGAGCCGCCCCCCGGGAUCUCUGCCCAGCACAGGAAGCUGACGCUGGCCCAGCUCUACCGCAUCAGGACCACCCUGCUGCUCAACUCCACGCUCACUGCCUCGGAGGUCUGAGCAGAGGGAGGCCCCCAAGGGUGCCACUGACCACGGACAGCAGACAGCAGGCCUCCGGGGGGGUGCGGCCCCCGCUCCAGCUGCUGCCUGUGUGCGCACAAGCCGAGUGCCGGGCGGGACCCCUGCCGCCGCUGGGCCGUUUGCACUUGGCCAGACUGGAUGGAGAUGAGGAGGGUUCGGCAGAGGCCCAGGCUCAGGAUGGCCCCCACAGUCCCCACCGUCACUAACCUGCCCCCCCGCCUGCCCAGCAGGAUUCCUCGUCCGCUAUUCCCUGAAGUCACCAGCUUCCACUGCGCUGGGCUCCAGGGCCACCCACCUCCACCCUCCUCUGGCCCCAGAUGGGACAGUUGCUUGCCCUCGCCUCCCUCUCGCCCCCAGGCCCGCUGGGCUCGCUGUAAAGUUGCAUAUUUAUUGAGCUUUGAUUCUUUUAUAAAGACUUGUACAUACGCCACUGGAA